UUGAUUAUUUGAGGCAAGUGAAUUUCUAAACCUCAGUUUAAGCUUAUAGAUGCUUGUAUUUCCGUGUCAUAUAUAUUAGGGAGUAAUGAAAAUUGGACUGGGUUAUUGACUGUAUGAUUGACCUUAAAAAAAUGGAGAUGAGGGGUAUAAAAUGGUGAUCUAAUGACAUGUAUUGAUGGAAUUGAUAUGUUGUGAUUUUGGACAUGUGAAAUGACUAUGUUGAUGUGAGAUAGGAAAACAAUUAUUGUUGUUGUCAUGUUAUUAUCGUGAAUUAUAUAAACAUGAAUUGAUUGCAUUGGUUCUGACAUAUUGUGUUGAGACUGAAAAUGAUAUGAAACAAAAGGGGUCGGGCCACACGCUCCGUGACAGGUAUUAUGAAACAAAGGGGUCGGGCCACACGCUCCGUGGCAGGUGAUAUCAAAUAAAGGGGUCGGGCCACACGCUCCGUGGCAGGAUAUAUGUAUUGAGGGGACGGGCCACACGCUCCGUGGCAGGUUACAUGGACAGAAAUGUCCCCCAUGGGUUCCGGACUGUGAUUCAGCGGAUGUGUACCGAUAGGACAAACAUGCAUCAUUUCAUUGCACUGCAUUGCACCUUUCUGAUAUUUGUGACUUUGUGCUUACCCCCAUAUUGCUCUGUGUGCUGAACUUGACUUGGUAUGAUUCAUUGACGAGACUAUUGAUGAGUAUUUGUGGACUGUAUUACGGUUGUUAUUGUACAAGUGUAGAGUUGGGCUGAUUUUAUGCAGGUUGUAGUUAAGGAGGUUCGGUUGGGAGGACAGGAGUACUUGUAUCUAUUAAGCUUUGCUUAGUUUUAGUUAUCCCCUUGCUGAGUACCGUGUUGUUUGGUACUCACCCCUUGCUUCCACACUUGUGUAGGUUGUGAGCCCGGACCUGCUUGAUCUUCUAGCAUUUUCUACUACAUCCGAGGCUAUCAUUCCGAGUGUCGAGGUAGCUGUCACAUCUAUCUAGCGGACACCUCUUGCUCUUUUCUUAUGUUUUAGUCCUAUUCUAGAGACAAAGACAUUGUGACUGUAUUUCUUUUCGUAUUUCGAUAAUAAAUUAGUGGCUUGUACACGUGACAACCAAUCUUGAGGGAUGUUGAGUUUCUUUUACGUGUUUUCGCUUAAGUUAAAUUUUGAUUCUUUUCUUUUUCUUCCGCAUCUACUUUCGUUGGGUAUUAGGCUGACUUAUCUCGGUGGGUUGAGAUGAGUGCCAUCACACCCGGAUUCGGGUCGUGACAAAGAUGGUAUCAGAGCCCCAGGUUCAUAGGUCUCACGUGUAUACAAGCCAAGUUUAAGUAGAGUCUUGCGGAUCGGUACGGAGACGUCUGUACUUAUCUUCGAGAGGCUAUGAGGACUUUUAGGAAAUUUUCCCUUUGUUCUUUCACUUUGUAUCAUGCGUGUUGUGUUGGUACUGAAUUUUUGCGUGUCCUUUCUGAUAGAUGGCCAGGACCAGAAUUACAGCUAGAGGUAGAGGAAGGGAGACACUUCCCGAGGUUGAUGUUGGAACCCCAACUAGGGGUAGGGAUAGAGGCCAAACUAGAGGCCGUGGUCGGGGUGUGGCGGCAGGCAGAGGUCGUGCCCGAGGGGCGGCGCCAGCUAGAGGUCGUGCUAGAGAGGCUUCUCUUGAGCCACAGAUUGAGGGUAGAGAGGAACAGGUCCCUCCAGAGUCUGCUACUGCACCAUUGCUUCAGGCCACUUUGAUACGAGUAUUGGAUGCACUCGAAGGAUUUAAUCAGAGUGUGAGGGUGAAUGGUACACCUGAGGGUUCUCAGACUAGAGUAGGAGCUCAGACCCCACGGCAGCAUCAGAUUCCAAUUGUUCAGGGUCCGGUGGACCAGCCACCUACGGGCCCUAGAGCGGAUGAGGAUGGAGUACAGGUAGGAGGAGCCCAAGUUGCACCUGUGCUCAUGGUGACUGACGACGAGCAACGCCGAUAUGAGAGGUUCCGAAAAAUGGACCCCCCACAGUUUCAGGGUGGAAAGACUGAGGAUGCACACGAGUUCUUGACCAUGUGUCGAGAGUUGUUGGAGACAGUAGGGUUAGCUGACACUCAUGGAGUUCGUUAUACUACACUACAGUUGCGUGGACCAGCCAGAGAGUGGUGGAGAGUAUAUACGAGUUCCAGACCAGUUGGGUCAUUCCAGAUGACUUGGGAUGAGUUUGCUAGUGCCUUUUAUGACCGUUUCAUCCCCUGGAGUGUGAAGGAAGAGAGCCGAUUACGGUUUGAGAAUUUGAGGCAGGAAGGACUUACAGUUGCUGAAUAUGAGACUCGUUUCUACCAGUUGUCCAGACAUGCCAUGGCUGUCCUUCCUGAUGAGACAGAGCGGAUUCGCAGAUUUGUGCGAGGACUGAACUAUACUAUUCGUACAGCAGUUUUUCGACCGGCCCGGGAGGGCGCUUCUUUCCAGUCCAUUGUGGGUGCUGCCAAGGAGGCGGAGUUGAUGGAGAGAGAGGAGUUCGGGGACCCCAAGAGGGUCCGUGCUUCUGGUCAGUUUUCGGGUACCUCAUCUGGAGGUAGAGGGUCCUAUAGAGGAGGUGGUUCCUUUCAGCGUAGAGGACCAGUUCAUGCAUCUAUGCCAGCUUCUGAGGAUGGUCAGACACCUCGUGGGUCCUACAGUACAGGUCAGAGUUACCCGGGGUCACAACAGAGGCCGAUGAGCCGGGGUAGUUAUACAAGUUCUGCAGGUUCAUCGCAGAGGUUUUCGCACGGAAGAGUAUGUUAUACUUGUGGUGAUCCAGAUCAUCUUUCAUGGCAGUGUACAUCUCAGGGUCGAGGAGGAACCCAGCCUAGUUCUUCAGUUUCAGUUAGAGGACCAGCGUCGUCGGUCAGAGGUCGAGGUAGAGCCCAGACUAGUAGAGGUGGUCGUACUCCUGGUAGGGGUGCUAGUGGUGCUAUAGUCCCUCAGGGAGGAGGUAGAGGUGUUGGGCAGGUCGGAGGUGGUAGGGGAGCUCAGUGUUAUGCCUUUCCAGGGAGACCCGAGGCUGAGGCUUCCGACGCCGUUAUCACAGUGGAAUUGGGUCCAGACUUGACAUUUGAGGAGGAGCCUAUAGCCAUUCUAGAUAGGCAGGUUCGUAAGCUUAGAACCAAGGAGAUAGCUUCAGUGAAGGUACAAUGGAAGCACCGUUCCGUCGGAGAGGCGACUUGGGAAACAGAGGCUGAUAUGCGCGCUAGAUAUCCCCAGCUUUUCGAAGCUUCAGGUACCUUCUUCUACUUUAUGUUCGAGGACGAACAUGAUUUUUAG